AUAAAAAUGGCAUCACGACAGCAUUCGGUUUCUUCCAGUUCCUCUGAAACAGAAGAGCAGCGACUACGUUUUGAAAUUGAGCUAGAGUUUGUACAGUGUCUGGCCAAUCCCAACUACCUGACUUUUCUUGCCCAGCGAGGAUAUUUUAAAGAUCAGUGUUUCAUCAACUACCUUAAGUACCUGCUGUACUGGAAAGAUCCCAGGUAUUCCAGGUUUUUGAAGUAUCCUCAGAGUCUUCACUUCCUUGACUUGCUGCAGUAUGAACACUUCCGCAAGGAGCUUGUGAACGCUCAGUGCGCUAAGUUCAUCGAUGAUCAACAGCUUCUCCACUGGCAGCAUUAUCAGAGGAAGCGCAUGUCACUGCUGCAAGCACAGGCUGAACAGAGCAACCAAUCAGCGAUGAAGAAAGAAACUGGCUAGCCAAUCAGUUUCAGUGUUGGUUUAUCACCAUGGUUACAAGAGGAAGCGCAUGUCACUGCUGCAGGCACAGGCUGAACAGAGCAACCAAUCAGCAAUGAAGAAAGAAACUGGCUAGCCAAUCAGUUUCAGUGUUGGUGCAUCGCCAUGGUUACAAGCUCUGCUACCAGCCAAUAACCAGCAACAUUGUAACUGAUUGCUCUUUUAUGAGUUUGAGUCAGCAGUUGUACAUGCAGCCAAUGGGGUCUGUUGGUUCAUUAGGCUAAGCCAAUCAGCUGUCACUUUAUAAUUAAAACACUGACUCAAACCUUCUGCGGGCAGAAGUAUAAUAUAAACUCCUGGCAACCAUGGUACUCAACUCUUGUAUCCAUGCUAGUGACUGAUUGAACUGAAACUUCCUCGAGUCGAGGGGAAACCAGAGGGUACAUGCACAUCAAAUCUUCUGCUGGCAGAAAUCAUGAUGAUAAGAAACGUUGUGUAGACUUGUAAGCCUUUCUCUGAUGGCAAAGAAAGUGUUGCUUUUCUGGAAGAGCUGUGUGGAAGAGAACUAUACUUGUUUUCUUUUAAACAAUGUGAAAUGUUUGUCUGUGAAACUAGGUGGAUUCAACUGAAGGCAAAUGAUUGUAGUUAGGUUGCUAUCGUGUU